AUGAAGGCUGUUCUUGGGGUGCUUUCGCUGUGCCUGGUGCUGUUGCACCCCUCUGCAGCACUUCCAACCAAGGGGAGAGUGGGGGAAAGGAAUUCCCCAGGGAACAGGCUGGAGCUGAGCCCUCCGGAAGAGCUGGGGCUUGAAGGAGAAGAGAGAAAGAGAGAAAAUGCAGUUCCAGGAAAGAGUUCGGUGGCAAGAUCAAGGUUGACUGCUGCUCACCUCUUGUCUGAGCCGGGGCCAGGAGCAAGAUGCCUCCCAGGGCUGGCUGGGGAUGGGGGCACAGGCUGGGCCAGCUCCAGCCUGCACCCCUGCCCGCUCGGGGGGCUGGAAGGACCCGUCUGCAGGGUGAAAAUGGACCAGGAUGGGCUGACCUUGAGGCACAUGGAAGUUGUGGGGGUUCUCACCCACUAUGAAAGCAGCUUCAUCAAGCUGUUGAGACAACGCAGGGUCUGGGAUAAAAGUUACCUGGAGACCUUUGGCCUCUGCCAGGCUGGGGAGGCAGGUGCUGCCCUCCAGCCCCUGAUGCACAUCCAUGGACACGUGGUGGAGCCGGGGCAGGACCGACUCCUGGUGCUGCAUCUGGAUGAAGUGAAGUGGGAAGCGCAGACGCAGCUGUGGUUCAGACUGGGUGACCCAGCGCCAGUGGGGACCCCGAGCCUCUGCCUGGCCAGGGACACCCAGUACCUGGCCCUGGGAGCCACCGUGGCAUCCAUCCGGCGCGGCAGGGAGCAGCUCAGCUUCCAGGCAUCCCUGGCCAUCCGGCACCGUGGGGAGGGAGGUGCCCCCUUACCUGCCACGGAGACCCAGCAGCUCCUUUUUGGCUCCGAUGACAAGUGCUUCACCAGGAUGACCCCGGUGCUGCUGCUGCUGGCCAAGUCACAGCAGGAGGAGGUGGCUUUGGCCCCUUCUUCCUACCUCUCUGCCGACGGGGUGGUGGAAGUGGCUCCCUACCCACAGCUCAGGUGUGUGACCCUCCCCGCAGCCCUGGGGGCUGGGAGCUGGGGGGAGAGGGGCAGCCCGAGCUCUUCUGUGAUGGGGUGA